AUGGGGCGCGCGAGGCACUACUGCUGGGCACUGGCAGCCUUCGCCCUGCUCUCACGAUGUCGCCCUGGCCGCACGUUUCUCGGCCCGGCCGUUCCGAGGCGCGCCGGCCCCGUGCGGGCCCUCGGUGCCGCCAGCCGGGGGCGCUCUGCGACGGCGAGGGCGGCUGGCGGGGAGAUGGCUCUGCUGGAUUCCGUGGACGCCUGGUUUAGCACGCAGCCUUACCAGUCUGCGUUUGCCGUCGCCUCCGUGAAGGCGUCCGCUUCGGACCUCCUUGCGCAGAAGGGUGAGCAGAUGGCGCGGGACGACCACGCCGACGGAGAGGCUAAAGGUGGAGCGCUGGCAGCAACCAGCGCUGACAAAGCCCAGGACACCGACAACAUUCUGGAGGACUUCAGCUGGAAACGGACCCUGGCCUUCUUCUUGUACGGCGGCUUCUACCAGGGAUGCGCGCAGUACUUCAUAUUCAAUGUGUGCUAUCCCGUGUGGUUCGGCGAGGGGCAAGACUUUGUGACCAUAGCUGAAAAGGUCCUGUUUGACCAGUUCGUGCUCACGCCGUUUCUCUGCCUACCGAUGGCGUAUCUGAUCAAGGCGCUGACGCUCAACGCCAACGUCCCCGCGGGCAUGCGACAGUACCUCGAGGACGCGAGCAACGACCUCCUGAUCAAGUACUGGCUGAUCUGGGGGCCGGUGCAGUGCCUGACCUUCGGCGUGGUGCCGCCUCAGUGGCGGAUACCCUUCAUCGCGCUGGUGUCCUUCUUCUGGCUGAUCGUCCUGUCGUCCAUCACCUCCCGCAGCGAUGCCGAGGGCAGCCGCGGCGGCAGCCGCCCCGCCGGGGCGGCGGCGGAGGCCUGA